CAUUGCUUUGAUUCGGUCAUUCGUCGUGCUUGGCGCCACCGCCCUAGAGAAAUAAGACUGCCGUUCCCUCCCGCCCUGGCUGCUCGCCUCGUCUCGCGAUGCUAUUUUACGCUUCACGCCCACUCGAGGGCCGUUGAAGCAUUCAUGGGAGAAUCACGGGCUACCGAGUCGUCUGCGCACACCUACCCGGGAUGGGAUGACGAUAGAACAGACCGGCAUCGCGUACGACCCAAGGCCCCCUUAGCGAUGGGCGUAGAUCACGAGCGCUGGUGGCGCUAUGUCAACCACCACCUGCUCCGCCGAAAAUUUGACCUCAAGAGGUUGAUCAUCACCAUCGUAGCUAUCCUCGGCCUGUCCAUGGCCAUCUUCGAGGUCUCCCACCAUGAACUCUACAGACUCGCUCCCUUCCAGCGGCCCGACUCUCAGCAGCACGCCGUCGGUGAGCGGCCCAGCGUGCCCGGCCAAUGCACCACCUGGCCCGUCGGCCCCGACGGCCACUAUGUUCCCCUACAUCGGAACGCUACGGCGAAGCCCCAGCUGCAGAGCUUUGCUCCCAAGGGUGGGUGGAAGAAGCCGAAAGGGAUCAGGGUCGUCGCCCUGGUCUUCUACGGCCGCAAGAGGACGGUGGACUUCCUGGACUGCUACCUGCAGCAGAACCUCGCCGCGAACGGCGGAUACCUCGAUGCGAUCAAUUUCAUGGUGCACACGAACAACCAGGACGAUCUCGAAUUUCUCCGCGAUCUGGUUUCGAAGCGAGAGGGCCUCUACCAUAUAGUAGAAUCUGGCCCGUGCCAAGGGUCGAGCUACGGCUGUAUAUGGGAUUCCGUUGUUGACGACGACACGAUAUACGUGAAGAUUGAUGAUGAUAUCGUAUUCAUCCACCCCGACGCCAUCCCUCAGUUAGUCCAUACCAGGAUCGCGACCCCUCACCCAUUCGCCAUCUCGGCCAAUUUAGUGAAUAGUCCCUUGACGGGUUACGAACACUAUCACAUGGGUGCUAUUCAUCCUUUCCGACCCGACCCCCGAAAUAAGCCAGCACACGCCGCCGCCGAGUCGUGGCGGCCGUCCGAUAAGGACCUUUUUCCCUCGUCGAGUCUACCGGAGCUUAACAUCAACAAGCUCAACUCCAUAUCGAUGGAGGACGAAAUUUACCCGAGGCGGCCUUACGACGGUCACCCGUUCCUGCUGCUGUCUAACAACCCCUUCGACCUGCUACAGACCCCGAUGGGUGUGAACUACCUGCGUGGAGGCGAGGAGGGCGUCGAGUCCAUGUACGGAGCGGCGUGGAGGUCCUGGGCGAUCGCGUCGCAGCAGCAGUACUCGCUGCUGCGGAACCUCGAGGAUAACACGAUGGCGCGGUACUUCUUCGGGUCGCCGCAGCACCUGCCGGCGGCGGCGAACGCGUCGGCGACGGCGCUGCGGCACCAGGAGGCGAACAAGGGCGGUCCCGGGGCGGAGCAGCUGUACAACACGCAGUACAAGCGGUACAACCUCAACUUCGUCGCGCUGUGGGGCCACGACGUGCGGGCGUCGCUACCGAUCGCGGAGGACGACGAGCAGGACUUCACGGUGACGAUCCCGAAGCGCGUGCGGCGGCCCUUCGUCAUCGACACGCGCAGCGUCGUCGGCCACCUCAGCUUCUACCCCCAGCACGAGGGCGUCCGACAGACGGACCUGCUCGACCGGUGGCGCGCCUUCGCCAACGAGAUGGUCUGCCUGCCCGGCAACCAGAAGAAGCCGUUCGACAAGCGGUGUCCCGGGUUCUGAGCCGCCAAGAAGAAGCAUAUAUACAUAUCGUUUUGUUGGGUCUAUAAAUUAUAUAUACAUCGCAUCUGUAUAUGUCUUUUUUCGGCGGGAAAGUGUAAAAAAAGGAGCGUGCAUGCGUGUAUGGUGUGUUGUACGAUAUUAUAUAUUACCCCGAUAUAGAAGACGCGUAACGUGGAAACGGAGUUGGGAUACAAUAUAGAUAUCGACACGCGCAUGUGUACACAUAUCGGUAUUGAGAGUUAGCCAGCAAAGACAUGUUUUUGAUCACGACGAGACGGCGGGCGAUGUUGCA